AUGACAAAAUUGAUCAAUAAGAAUUACUUGUAUGAAAAAGACCGCCUUCUUAAGCAUGACAAACAAGAGAUACUCCAGAUGAUGGAUGAGGCAAAAUCUAAUCAUGAGUUGUGUAUUAUGAAACUCAAACAAUAUCGGAUUCUACAAUGUGAACUUGACAAGAAUAUAAAAGAUCUUGUUGUUAAAGAAGAAAGCCUCAUUAAUCAUCUUCAAGAAAUUAAGAAUCAAAACACUCUUAAAGAAGAAUUGGUUAUUGUUAUAAAUAUGAUUGAAAAAAUUAAAGAGCAAGAAAACCUUGUCAAAAAAAAAUUGGAAUUUUAUAAUGAACAAAUGAAAAAUAACAAAAACCAUUUUUAUGAGUUAAAAAACUCCUUAUUAAAAUUAGAUUCUGAAAGAAUUACAAAAGGAAUACCAGACUUUAUGGAUUGGGAAUAG